UUCGGCUUCAAGCCAGUCUCACAUCACUAGCCUCUGCAUCACAGACUUCUCCACCAUGAAGCUUGUUGGUGGUCUCCUGCUGCUCUUCGCAGCAACCUAUUUCUGCAACUGCUCUGAAGUUACCAGCCAUCCUUCAGCAACAGUGGACUGUGACAUAUACAAGAAGUAUCCAGUGGUGGCCAUCCCUUGCCCCAUUGUAAACAUACCAGUUUGUGGAUCUGACUAUAUCACUUAUGGGAAUAAAUGCAAGUUGUGUACAGAGAUCUUGAGAAGCAAUGGAAAAAUCCAGUUUCUUCAUGAAGGGCACUGCUGA